AUGACCAAAAGGAAUUCAACCAAUGAAAAAGAUGACAAAAAAGAGCCACCGCCAACAUAUCAACAAUCAGAAAUUGCAUCACCUCCUCAUUUAACACCAAUUUCUUCUAGGUCUUCAAUAUCUUCUCAAGCAAGAAUACCUACUACGAAAAAUGUACCAUAUAAACCAUCAAGAGAUCAACAAAGACAAAUCGAUAUACUAUCAGGUGCUUCGACAACUCGUCGAGAAUCCGGAGGUAUAAAUACUUUACAAACCUCAUCAACUGCUUCAGAAACCAAUUAUUUUGAUCUUUUACCUUCAUUUGAAAUGUUUCAAAGUAUAUUAAAAAGAGAUGAUAGACAAUUUCAAGAAGAUCUUUCAACAGUACCUCCAAUUUAUGGUGAUACAAUUAAUAGUUCAUCUUCAUCACCUAGAAUUACACCACAACAAUCAAUUGAUCAAAAUUUGAAUGAAUAUGGAUUAGAAAGAGAACACGAUAGACAUUUAGAUCAAGAAUAUAAUUUUGAUGAAGAUCCUGUUGGAUUAUCACCUGUAAUUAGUUCAAGUAAUGUUAAUGUAGAAGUUCAUAAUGAAAAUAUGGCGGUAACUCAUGAAACUUAUGGACAUUCACCAUUGGAUAAUAUAGAUAGAUUAAAUCGUUCAACUCAUUCACCAAUUGAUUUACAAAUUUAUGUUACAAAAAAUAUACCUUUUCCAAAUAUUGAACAUGAAUUGGAACUGAGAUUAAAAGAAUAUACUAGUGGUGAUCAUGUUAAUGGUUAUGUGACUGUAACUAAUACAUCGGAUGAACCUGUUAGAUUUGGACUAUUUACAGUUUCAUUAGAAGGUACUGUGAAAUCAACAGAAAGAAAUCCAAAUUCUUUUGAUUUUCAACAUAGAUAUAAUAAGAUUCUUAUGAAAAAAUUUUUAAAAAUGUAUGAUUUAAAUGCAAGUUAUGGAUAUGGAUAUAUACCAAAUAGUGCAGGAAUAGAAUAUGAACCACUUUCAAGAGAUAAAUCUGAUGGAUCAUUACUUGGUAUACCAGAUAAUAGAAUAUUACAACCAAAAGUUAAAUAUAAAAAAUUUUUCACAUUUAAAUUUCCUCAUAGAUUAUUAGAUAAUGUAUGUAUGAAUUCAAUUUUACAACAUAUUUUACCACCACCAUCUAUGGGGAUAGAUAGAACUAGUUUUUUCAAUAGAGGUGAAAGUAUAACUAUGAAUAAAGCAUUAGGUUAUGGUUCUUUAAAUUUACGUGGAACUCCAAUUUUAACAAAAGAUUAUAGUUUUGAUGAUUUAAGUAUAGCAUACACUAUUGAAGCUAAAUUCAUAGAUAAUGUUAAUUCAAAAGACGCUGUAUCACAUCAAGAAAUUAAUGAUGCUAAAAAUGAUUAUGUUAUAUCGAAAAGUGCUCAAUAUUUUUUAAGAUUUAUUCCAGAUUUAAAAGAGCAAGUCGAAUAUUGUAAAUUUCACAAUGUUGGUAAUUAUCCGAAUAUUGGAGUUGGCGGUAAAUUUUUGGAGCAGCUAACUUAUAAUUUGACAUGGAAGUCUAUAAAAUUUGAAAAUGAAAAGAUAGAGAGAGAAAUUGAUCAAAAAUUAACUAAAGAUGAAUUGACUUCGGAUAUGUUGAAAAUAAAAAAUCUUACAUUGAAUGAUGAUGAGGACGAAUUAACCAAAAAAGGAGAAGAUGCAUUAAUUUCGACUAAUCAACCAGUAGAAAUUUUUGGAAAGAAGAAGAAAAUGAUUUUAUCAUCUUUGGUCAAAGUUGGAGAGCUGAGAAUGUCAAUCAAGUUUCCUGAUAAGGUAAUAGCUUACGCAUCUCCAAGAUUAUUAAUGAAAUAUAAUGAUGGUGAAGAUAAUACAUUGACUCCAGUCACAAGUAAUAUGGAAGAAUUAUAUAAUCGAAGUGAAGAAGACCUUCUAGAUUAUUUGGUCGUUGACUUAUCAUUUGAAUGUGAACGUGAUACCAAACCACCAUCAAUGACAAUUGAUACAAAUAUAAUCAUAUGGUCAUACAAGACAGAAUAUCCUCUACCUUUUGAAAUGGGAUAUGAUUUUUUUUAUAAAAGUCAUGAUAAAGUACCAAAUGAUCCAGUAGAAACAACUAAAAGAAAUCUUCAAUAUAUAAAAGAUCAAGUUUCAAACUACAUAAAUUUUAUUAAAUCAAAUUCGAUAUAUAUCAGUAAGGAUUCAUUUAUGUAUUUAAAAUCAAUUCAAAAAUUGGGUAUAAAAAAAGAUACUAUACAACAUUAUUUUAAAACAACAGUUCAUGAAGAUAAAGAUUGGUCAAUUGAACAACUUCCAAAAGGGAAAUUCAAAUGGAAUAAAAAAAUUAAAAUUUAUUUGGAAGUUGAAAAUAAAAAUAAUGUGAAUUUAUUACCAACUUUUCAAAGUUGUCUUGUUGGAAGAUUAUAUUGUUUGCAAGUUGCAGUUAAGUAUAAAGGGACGAAUAAUGAUCAAAAUGAAUUUGCUCAUAAUACUGUUAAGUUAGAUGUACCAGUUCUAGUAGGUUAG